GGUCUUAAGGAGGUGUCUUCUACGGGGAUGUGUGUGCCCAGGCAGGAGAGGAGUGCACUAGGUAGACCAGGGCGACGUGUCAGGCAGGGACAUUAGUGUAGAAUGGGCGGAUGGGUGAACUUGGGGCAGGGGAUGUUGCUCGCGUGGCUGCUUGUUGUGCCCGGUUUGUCCCACGUUCGCCACUCUCUGCCGGUCCUAUGGAUCAUGCCACUGACAAACGAUCCGGGGGGGGCGAACCUCACAGCGUCGGUGUUGCCGGCCGUCGAGCUGGCUCUGGAUGACCUGAGCAGGCAGCAGACCAACCUAAGAAACUACGAGAUCAACUUUCACGUCAUAGAUUCAGAGUGUGAUACUGCCAAAGGACUUAAAGCCUUCUUUGAUGCCAUAUGCUUUGGGCCAAAAUACUUAAUGAUCUUUGGAGGUGUGUGUUCAUCUGUGACGUCUGUCAUUGCCAGAUCACUCCGGGGAUGGAAUCUUGUGCAGCUAUCUUUUGCGGCAACGGCGCCUGUUUUAGAUGAUGAAAAAAAGUAUCCCAACCUCUUCCGGAUGGUUACAACGGACCACACAGUCAAUCAGGCAGUAGUGAAGAUCCUACAGAACUACAAGUGGAGUCAUGUAGGCACUCUGACCCAGGAUAUACAGAGGUUCUCUGAGAUAAGGAGUGAUCUGUCUAAGCAACUGAAAAAGGCUGACGUUGUGGUUUCUAUCACUGAAAGCUUGUCUGCGGACACUUGUGUUAAUGUUAAGACAUUUAAGGAUAUGGAUGUAAGAAUAAUUAUAGGGCUAUUUGAUGAGAAUUCAGCCUCCAAAGUCUUCUGCUGUGCGUACAUCCUGAACAUGUUUGUCAGGAGGUUUCAAUGGAUCCUCCCUGUUGGGUACCAAGAGAAGUGGUGGGAAGUAGCCAACGCCUCUAACUGUUCCUCAGACCACCUGCAAAUGGCUAUGGAAGGCUACAUCGCUGUGGACUUCACACCCCUCAGUAACAGUCAGAAACGAGGAAUCUCAGGAAGGACCCCUCAAGAUUAUGAUGAGAAUUACAACAGGAUGCUGCUGCAGAAAGGCUUGGUUGCCAGCAAGUUCCAUGGAUUUGCCUAUGAUGGAGUUUGGGUAAUAGCCAAAGUAUUGACCAGGGUCAUUGAGUCAGUAAGAGACAGAGAGAGAUAUGACAUCUACCGGAACUUCACAAUCAGCGAUAAGGUGAUUGGACGAAUGGUCCGGGACUCCAUGAAGAAGACCAAAUUUGAAGGUGUAACAGGUCCAGUUUUUUUUAAACAUGGUGAACGCAAGAGACCUAUUGCAUUAAGCCAAUUUCAAGAAGGCCGGGAGGUCAAGUUUGGUGAAUAUAUUGCUGGAGCAGAAGUUUUGAAACUCCUUAACUACAUAAUUCGGUUUCCAGGACCCGAGCCGCCCAAAGAUCAGAAACCCUCUACGCGAUGGGGUGUUAUUUGUACUGUCUACAUCAUGUUGUCCGUUACUACGGGCCUGGUGAUGAGUAUGGCGUUCUUCUUCCUCUUCCUCCUCAUCAAGCAUCGCAACCAUUGGGUCAUCAAGAAUUCGACUCCAUUCACAGACUACCUCAUUAUACUGGGGACGAUUUUGGCCUGUAGCUUUGUGGUUCUCUAUGGGCUGGAUGGAUCCGUUUUGUCUGAUGAAGUGUUUGAAACUCUUUGCCCUAUUCGUGCAUGGACUCUUUCUGUAGGAUACGACAUAACGUUUGGAGCAUUGUUUGCCAAAACCUUGAGGGUUUGUUCAAUUGUAAAAAAGGAGAAAAAGAAAAAGAUUAUUAACGAUGACCAACUAUGGAUUAUAAUUGGAGGAAUGCUGCUGAUCGAUUUCUGUCUCUUACUCCUCUGGCAGAUAGUGGAUCCACUCAAACAAACAGUAGAAGAGUUGCGUUUUGAGGCUAUGCCAGGUGAUGAAGACAUGGCUGUGAGGCUGUUUCUGGAACACUGUGAAAGUUCCCACAUGACCACAUGGCUCACCAUUUUAUGUGGCUACAAAGGGUUCCUUACGUUACUUGGGUGUUUCCUGGCCUUGAGGACCAGGCACGCGGAUGUCUGUCUCUGCGAUGACUAUGACAGCAAGUACACAAGGCUGAGUGUGUACAGCUUGACGGUCAUGUCUGGCAUUGGAGCGUCUGGUGGGUUCCUGCCCCAGUACAACCCUAAUGUACAGGUUUGCCUCAUGGCCCUGGUUGUCAUCUGCUGCUGUAUCUGCACGCUGUGUUUGGUGUUCGUGCCCAAGCUUUUAAAAAUCCGAGACAAUCCCAAUGAAGUGGAUCCCUCUAUCUGGUUCCGGUGUGGUCCGACGAAAGAGGACUCUGAGAGCUCAAGUUCUCCUAGCAGUCUUGAUCAGGGCAGCAGGUCUUUUGAAAGCCUUUGUAAUGAAAACCAGCAGCUCUGGAGGAGAGUCACAGAGAUUUCCAACGAGUUGGAGGAUGUCGCCUUGCAAGUACUAGAGGAAGACCUGACUCCUCCCAGUAGACAGGGCCAUGAAGUGACCCUGACAGCCCAGAUGUGCUGUGAGGAUGUGUCAAGGAUGAGCAGGGAACUCAUGGAUGAUAUCAACUCACUUGAACACGUGCAAAGAAGACUGUCCGUGCAACUACCGAUUCUCCACCACGCCUACAUACCAGCCAUUGGGGGAAUGACUUCCAGCUGUUCCAGCCUUGUGAAUAGUCCACAUGUCCCUUGUGCACAACAGAGACAGGAAACAUAGUCAUAUCGGGUCGUGGUCACUGGGCUGUGACAAUGUUCCCACGACAACAUGCUUGAAAAGGACACUAUUAACAGAUAAAGGUAACAUUACAAAUAACAAAACAUUACACCAACAUUAUUACAAGCCAAGUGUUAAUUGUUAAUGUUGUCAACCCUGACGUGAUUACUUUAAUACUAUGUUUAAGGCUGUCAGUCUCUUUCAUCAAAUGGGAGGAAUUGUUGCCUAUUCUUCUAUACAGAACUGGGAUGUUUGAGGGCUGUUUUGAAUGUAUGGUCCUCCUUCCAUUUCUAUAGGAUUCAGAUCUGGGCUUUAUAAUCCAAUAUUAAACAUUUCUGAGCCGUUCUGUUGCAAUUGUUGGUUCAGCUUGACCUCUCACAGUUGGCCUUAUAUUCCCAAGUAUUCUCAGUUCCAAUGUGGAGUUCACAGUUGAAUUACUGACAGCAAGCUGGCCAGGCCCUGAGGCAGUGACGCAAACCAAAACCAGCCACCGUAUUUUAUUCUGUUCAAGUCAGUUCUUUGCAAAAUGACAUCUGUCAUUGCGGCUUAAAAACUCCACCUUUAACUCAUCUGCCCAAAACACAUUGCUUGUUAUUCCUUCCACACCAGCAGCGUGGGCUAAGUUUGUGCUGUCUUCGUCUGACAGUUGACCUGUGCAAUACUGUGCAAAAGUUCUAGGCCCCUCUUAAUAUAAUAAAAAAACUACUUUAAAGCCAUUUCUCUUAACAGUUAACUCUUUAUUUGAUAGAAUAUACAAUGUGUGACAUUGCAGUUAACACUAAAAAACAUGAAUAUGCAGAAUGCAGAACUGAAGCAAUUCACUUUACUAGUUUGUUUUAUAACUUUUGUAAGUUGUCCUCGAGUGUCCACAAAUGUCUUUGACAAUAAGAUAUCAAUUAAUAAUAUAACAAUAUUUGUAUAGGUAUGUAUUAUGUAUAUAUGGUUAUUUAUAGUUAUUCUAAUGUUAUAUAGUGUUUUGGAAGCAAACAAUUAAUAUCCAGAUAAAUAACUUUACACAAAUUAUUCAGACGGUCUAAGACUUUAGCACAAUACUCUAGAUAAUCCGUAAGGCAGGGGAAUGAUUGUCUUCAAAUGGUUCAGUAAACCCUAACAGAGUCAUUGGCGCAAUAAUAUUUUAAGGGUUCCAGAAAGGUCUUUCGAUCUUGACAUUAAUUAAUAGCACACACCUUUAUAAUUAAAAAUGCAGUGUGGAAUUUCUGACUGUAAAAGUGGUUGUGUCGUGCCAAAAAAGGGUCCCCCAAAAUGGUGAACUGUGUCAUGAAUGUGAGGACUUGGGCCCCAUGGCAUCUAAACCAUUGCUUUGGAAUGUCAUGUCUUACUCAGAUAUGAUAAGGGUCCUUAUGGGUCAGGAACAUCUAAACAACACAGCCACCAUAAAAAUGCAGAUUUACAAAAAUAUUUUUGUUAAUAGCAAAAUUCCUAGAUUGUAUCUUUAAAACCAAACCAAAUUUCUGAUCUUCAAGAACAUAAGAGCAUAAUGUUAGCAUAGUGCAUCUCCAGAUUUGUGGGUUCAGUAAGUACAGGGGCCCAGCAUGGCUGUACAUCACUUUGGAUAGGAGCGCCUGUUAAUGUACUCUCCAGUGUUUCUCUGAUGAUUUAUCUGUUUUAGGCAUCUAAUUCUAUUUUAAGCCAUUUAAUGGGUUGAUAAAGAAUGGACAAAUGGGUGUACUAAUUCUUUCUGCACAAUGAAAUUGCAUUUCUGUUCAUGUUAAUUGCAUUAAUGACUGCAAAGAGUUUUGUGUUAUUUGCUGAAUUAGGUUAAACAUAUCCGUUGAUCAAAAUAAGUAAAAAGAAAACAACCUUUCAGGAUGUAUACUGGUGACUUGAUGGAAGAAAUAUGAAACACUUUGGAAGUUGACCAUGUGUUUCCCAACAUGGGAGUUUUUGAUAUUGCAGCAGGGUACUGGUAAUGUCAUUAUUUACACAGUUUGUUAUGGUUCAGGGGUAGGACAUGCUGCCCCCCUUUUCUCUAAAAUAUUGAAUGGGAUUUUCCAAGUAUCAUAUUGCAAAAGCCGGAGAAUGAACUCCAAACUUGUAUUCUGAGGCAGAAUUUAACUCCUUAGUGAUUACAACUAAAGAAUCAAUUGUCUUUUAAAACUUUACCUCUGUCCUUGAGAACAACAGUGCUAUCUCUAAACAAAUAAGCAAUAAUCUCUAAGCAAAAUCUGUGUUAUGUCUCUACUGUCAGCCUUUUAAAAGCUAUUAAUAAUUGGUUUGAACUAUUGCAUAUUUGGCACAGAUUGUGAAAAGAAUUUCGCAAUACACCGUUGUUUGCCAGCUUUUUCCAUUUUGACAAGAACGUGCAAUAAUAAAUUAUGGAGGAGGAGCAUCACAACUUGGGGUUUAUAAGAAUGGUACAUCCAUCUCACUGCACAAAGGUGUGUGUUAGGUCCAAAGUAACCUUAGCUAAUUGCAGAAGGUCCUACAAUGUUCUCUACCAGAACCUCCAUUAUUCUGGCUGCUCUUCUGGCCAUUUUGGUUUUACAAGUGGAAUCCUCCUUCAGUGGUGGUAGCGGAGGAUCUUAUAGUUAUGAUCUGUCAAAACAAUCUGAGCUGACAAAGCUGUACAACUCCAAGGUUUAUCAAGCUGACAGGAUGAAAAGACCCCUGGAGGGGACAUCUUUUCAGCUUGGGCCUUUAAGCCACUCAGGGGUCCGGGUGACCUUAAAUGAUGGCACCAAGUGGCUUGUCCA